CCGAUAAGGCUGUUAAGAUGCUGACUAAUUUAUGAAUGACAGCCGUUAUAUUAGCAUACAUUAUUUGCAACGUAACUUACAGUAGAAUGCGUGGCGAGCGCGUUCGCCUAUUGAAUCGAGCGCAGGACUGACUGACAGGCUGGGGGAGCCCUCAAGCUGGUCCGCUGCGGCGGCGGUGAACCCGAUGGGCUGGAUGUUCACUUCUGUCAAAGAGAAAACGUUUCAUUCUGCACCAACUCGGCUCUCCUGAGCUGCUCUUUAAAUAGACUUCUGCACAGCUGGACCGAUCGAGCAGCAACUGGCAGGAGCGACUUGACUCGCAGCACAACAUGGAACUGUUUUCAGCUAGACUGUUCUGUCGGCUGCUCUUGUUCUAGCCUGACGUCGAAAAAAAAAGAUGACAACAUACAAAGAGUAAAAUAAUAAUAAUAAACGAUCACAAUCUGACUGACUAGAGCCAGAGGCGGAGAACUGUCCCGCGUGCUGAAAUGCAAUGCUGGGUGAUGUCGGCUUCGGCUCGGUCUCGCAGUCCUUUAACACGCUUGUAACACGCGAAGACAGCGGAGCAGACUGUCAAAGGGGAGCUAAGCAUCUACGAACACACCUCCGAAUAAAUGGGAUUGUACAUUUUCGAAGAAGAAUGUAAAGAUUGUUCAAAGGAUGGAGGCUUUUUUCAUCUCUACUGUAGCGCUAAUUCUGAGCUGUUUAGGUGUCUGGCAGAUUGAAGCGGACAGACCACCUGCACCUGUCAAUGUAACAAUCAAGUCUCUAAAGUCUAACUCAGCUGUGGUGACAUGGGAUAUACCGGAUGGAGAUGUUGUCAUCGGAUUUGCAAUCACACAGCAGAAGAAAGACGUCCGCAUGCUCAGGUUCAUCCAGGAAGUCAAUACCACCACCCGCUCCUGUGCACUGUGGGAUUUGGAAGAUGACACCGAAUAUAUUGUCCAGGUGCAGUCCAUCAGCCUGAGUGGACCUAGUCCUGCCAGUGAGCCUGUCCUCUUCAAGACCCCAAAAGAAGCUGAAAAGUUGGCUUCCAAAAGCAAAGAUGAGGUGACAAUGAAGGAGGUCGGAAAGAGCACUCAGCUGAGAGCAGGCGAAAUGAUCAUCAUCGUUGUUGUCUUAAUAAUGUGGGCAGGUGUGAUUGCCCUUUUCUGUAGGCAAUAUGACAUCAUCAAAGACAAUGAACCAAAUAACAACAAGGAUAAAGCCAAGAAUUCAUCUGAAUGCAGCACACCUGAGCACCCAACUGGUGGGCUCCUAAGGAGCAAAGUGUAAAAGACAUCAUGCAAGUGCAGUUUUCUACACUGUGAGGGAACUGCAGAUGCAGCAACUCCACUUUCAUCAGUUAACAGGGAAGGCAAGGACUGCAUUGCAGCGACGGCCUACACACCAGUGAGGUGUUCACUUUCACAGAAGACUGUUGCUUAACUUUGAUCAGGGCAAACAGCUCUGCAAAAGAACAGUUCACUUCUGAAUGAUUAAAGGACGCAGCCAACGUCUGAAUCCCUGCUGGAUUUUUGAACUAUUUUAUCUGGAAGACCUGCUACAACCAAGGGAAUUCAAAGCCAGACAGUAAAAUGCAAUGUUAUUAAGGUAUUUUGAAGAACUUUUUAAAAUAGCCAAGUCAUUGGGUAAAUAAAACUUAAGUCUUGGACAUUA